CGUCAAGUACCAAGUCUUUUCAUGCCUUCUUACAUAAAUUUUAUAUAGCCCUGCUUUUCUUCGGCUACCCGAUCCUCGACGAUGCGUUCUCGAAUUUAUGUUCAUUAAUCUAUUUCAGUGUUCGUCUUAUCUCAUCGUUUGUUUGAGGACGCGACCGUAACUUAAUAGGCUCAAUGGGAAGUUAGAUUGAGCUCAUCGAGUUGUAUCUAAGAGAAUGCGUGGAUGACCGAAGGAUGAGUUGUGGCAUCAUGCGAAAUGCGAAAUCCAUCGAGGAUCCGACGUUCUAAGAGAGCUCCUACGCUCUCACAAAUUAAUCGGCCAUGCCUUCAACUUUCGAUCACCUAGAUCCUUCUAAGAAGGGGAAGCCCAUCAAAUCUGCCUACGAUAGUGACACUUUUGAUGCCAAUGUCACUAUCCAUGUUGAUGGACUUGUUGGGUCGGCUACUAUAUCGCCAUGCGGUCGCGAUGUUGCUCUUGCGUCCCCUGAAGGUCUAGCCAUUAUCGAUCUUGAUUCCCCUUAUAGUCCUCCGCGUCGACUAAGUAGUCAUGGAUUACCAUGGCUUGUCGUUGAUGUGCAGUGGUCACCUUUUGCAGCUCGAGAUUAUUGGGUUGCCUCAACAGCAAACCACCGCUGCCUAGUUUGGAAUUUAAAUUUACGGGAAGACUCUGCCAAUGGCGCUAUUGAGCACUCUCUUCAGGGCCAUAGCAGGGCUAUCACGGAUGUUAACUUUUCCGCCCAUCACCCCGACAUUCUUGCCACUUGUGCGGUUGAUGGUUUUGUGCAUUGUUGGGACUUACGGAGACCCAAGCAACCCGUCUUGACUUUCAGCGACUGGUUUGCUGGGGCCACUCAGGUCAAAUAUAACCGACAGGAUCCCCAUGUGCUCGCUUCAUCCCACGACAGAUGGCUACAUAUCUGGGAUGAAAGAAAGCCGUCUGCCCCUCUUAAGUCCAUUAGCGCGCAUACUUCUAAGAUCUACGGCCUCGAUUGGAAUCGUUCUAAAUCGACAAAAAUCGUUACGUGCUCUUUGGAUAAGAGUAUUAAAUUUUGGGACUAUAAUGAGUCUGAUCCGGAGCGGAUUAUUCGAACAGAUUUUCCCGUUUGGCGUGCUCGCCAUGCCCCGUUCGGUUGGGGUAUGUUAGCUAUGCCUCAAAAUGACCCCGGGAAUCUCUACUUGUACGAUAUCCGCCGAGCCGAAGGAGAGCCAUUAGACAGCGCAGUUAAUCCACAUAAUAUAUUUCCUGGCCAUGGAACCCAUAAGGUAAAGGAAUUUUUAUGGAGAUAUCGUGGGUCGAUCUCCGAUGAAGGGGUGGAUAAUCGCGAAUUCCAGCUUGUAUCGUGGGGUGAAGACAAUGAGUUACGUCUUCACAGAGUUGACCAGCCGACUCUAGAGUCCAUUGGUCAUGUGAAAGGCGGACCAGCUCCAAACAUUAACAUCACGAGAAAAGGAGCCUCGUACAAGACUUACCGGGCCAUUGAUGACCAUGCGAGUAGAGAAAAGAGGACGCCCACUAUGAGCGACCCCCGUCCUGGCAGCGGAGGAAGCCAUCUUCCCCGCAGUGCUCUCACUAUGGGAAUGCAGACCAUGUCAUCACAUUAUCCACGCUCCAGUGGCGGGAUUCCAAGUUGGAAAGGUCCAUCCAUGAAAGCAAAAUCCGCUACAGGAAGAAUAGUCGAUAGAAACCUAGAUCAACUUGGUUGGAUGAAAGGCAUCACGAUGAGCAAGAAAUCAGGUAUCAUUGGACCACCUCAAAGAAAAGAGUCCAGGGACUCUACCAUGUUUGGUCAUAACUUUCAUGACGAGCAUUGGGGGGAACCUGAAACACUGCAAGAAGAAAUCGUCCGCGUUAGUCAGCAGAUGCCAAAUGUCAAAUUCGACGAUGUGGAUAUGGAAGCUCUAACCGCAAAGGCAUCUCUCAAAGGCCCGUGGGGUCCAGAGGGCGAUACCAUCUAUAUCAAGGUCACGGCAGACAUCCCCAGGAAUUAUCCAAAGUCAAGAUCACCGAGAUUUAUCGUUGAGAAGACGGCAUUGAUGUCCGACCAGACACAUAGGAAAAUUGAUCAAGAAGUCCACCAACUAGUAAGCCAGUUCUCGAAAAAGCGGCAAAACUGCCUUGAAGUUGCUUUUAGUUACCUUCUUGGAGAAGUCGACCUCUCCAAUAGCGAUUCGCUCUUCAAGAAUGUCAAAGAUCUGGACGACGAUUUAGGUGGACUUGCCGAUGAAAGUUCAAGCGAGGAUGAAGACAAUGACAUUCCCGCGGGCGGUUCUGCAACUAUGUCCCAAGAAUUGACCGCGAGUACCGAGCUCGAUGCUACACUUGCACCAACUAAUCGACCUACCAUACCACCAAUGCCACGAUUGUGCGGGUGCCGAUUUUCGAAUGACGGAAGAUUAGUCUGUUUCUUCCCAACCAAGGAAGAGAAGGCUAGGGUCUCUUUUUUCGCCCCUAGUGAUACCUAUCGAGAACGUCCAAAAGGGGAACCCAGCUUUGCAGGGUUUGGUAGACUUCAACAGGAGUCAUCGGCUCCGAGAAAUAGAUAUACCAAUGAUGAUGUUUCUACAACCGAAGACCAAUCAGAGUCAGACGACGGAGAUGAAUCCUCAAGCUCGAGUGACUCAGAAACUACGUAUAUGCACAAGAUCAACAUGUGGUAUCUACCUGGACGACGCUUCAGGAAGACAUUUAGUGGAAGUUAUUCUAUGCAUUCAAGCGGUGGAGGAACCGGCAUUGGUACGGGUACUGGCACUGGCACUAGUAGGCGCCGCCCAGGUAAACCCAAAAACAUCAUAUCCAUUUAUAACGUGGCCAACGAAUUACCUUCCAAACAAGAGUUCGCUCGCGAAUAUUGCAUCUUUGGGGAUGGCCCAGAUGUAUGUGAGCAAAAUGCUGCUAUAGCGGGGAAAUACGGCCGACCUGAUCUGGUAGAUGUUUGGAACUAUGCGGCGUUAUUGCUUCGCAAGGAUAUUCCCCUUGAGCUCUUAGGGGACGGCCGUGGAAAAGAUUCAGUACUCGUCAUUGCCAGAGACGCAAUUUCCCGCCUUAAUGAUAAUAAGCCACCAUCUAAUACUUCGGACACUGCGCUUACGGGCCGGGUUAAGUGGGGAUACCAUCCCCUCGCAAAGGAUCUGAUUGACGACCUUUUCUACUAUUUCGAGAAGAUAGCCGAUGUGCAAAUGCUUGCUAUGCUUUCAUGCAUCUUUAGCGAGUCGACGACCGAAGAUAGUGUUGCCUACGCAGAAUCGCAUCUCACUCAACCAGAGACACCGCUUCCUAUGAAGGCACCAGCAUUCUCCUUAGAUUAUUUCCCUACGGAUCACUCCCUCUGGCAUCCCGGGUUUACCCACAAGAGCCAAGCAAAUUCAGCAAUAUCUACUCCUAAGACUUUACAUACACCUAUUAAUAUCCCCGGUUCGUACGGAUCUGUUGAAGAGGGGCCAUGGGGCGGUGAUCCGAAAUCCAACUCUUAUUCCUGCGGAGAGACACCCCCGCCAACAACACCACGGGAACCUGAUGGCGAUCCGACUCAGAGCUUGGCCACAUCGCCUGAUAACAGGUUGUUAAGUCGCGCUAAUACUGCCUUAACAGCAGGUUUGGCCAGCUUCCCAAGAGCUUUCCAGAGUGUUGCAUCGACAUCUCCUCCAAGCCGAAAACGCCCCAGCCCUGGAGAAACAUUCCUCUCUAACCUUGCCCCAACUAACAUCACAUGGGGCAGCUCAACUAUCAUUGGUCCUACGUCUGAGCCGUCAGGCACCGCUCGUAACUCGUACUCUGACGAUGAGUCGCGAAAUGAUGAUAAUCUACCACUAAUGUGUUAUGGUAUAUCUACAGAAAUGGAGGAUCAAUCUAUAUUCGACGACGACGGCUGGCUUGGUGUUCCCUUUCUCGAGCCUUCUCGCUACGCUAUACAUGCAAGCUACCGCCACGCGUAUGCAGAGAUGCUACAAAUGUGGGGCCAGCCCUUGUCUCGCCUUGAGAUAUUGAAAUUCAAUGUCCUUAAAGAAGAUCCUUCCGCGCCUGAAGCAACUAAUUUUACAGCUUCAGUGACUACUAGCUUCCAUGACUCGUAUCACAGCGCGGAGAAUUUGAGUCAUAGUUCACGUUCGCACGGAGCCACUUCGCCUAUUGUGUUAGGCAAGAAGGAACUGUUGCAAUCGCUGAUCUCGUCUGACCGCGGGAUCGAUGUGACGGGUAUUUGUCGGGUACACGAAACUCAUCUCGAUCCUGUAAGGCAAACGCAUGCUAGCGCGACAUUCGGAGGCGCUGUAGGCACUUGCGAACGCUGCAAGCGCACGCAAAUGCAGCUGUUCUGCGUGUUCUGCAACGAGCCGAUCGAUGCACUCUACCCCCCUUGCUUGUCAUGCGGCUGCGCUUGUCACGAUGCCUGCAUGGCGGAAUGGCACGAGGCAGGGGAAAUGGAGUGCCCGGCUGGUGAUGAAUGCGACUGCAUCGAAGAGGCGAAUAAUGGUCAAGUAGAAACGUGGGCCGCGAUGAUCGGAGCCCUCCGCCAAGGCAAAAUUCGCAAGCCUUCAGAAGGCGACAUGGAAAACGGGCGGAUAACCGACAAACGCGGCUCGAUUGGGCACCUUGACUGGGAGAACAUAGCUAGCGGCGCUUAUAUACCCCUCGUGGAUGGGCAGGGGAAGCCGCUACUAGACCAGUCGCAGCCGUUCCAAAAUCCAAUGUCGGCUGCUAGGAUCAGCCUUGGGAAUAAACUUAGGAAAUCGGCGGGCAACUGGGGGAGCACGACGUCAUUGAGGAAGAAAUCUGGGGGUUCGGGACCGAAUAGUAGGAGGUAAGGUGGCUUUGGCUUGGGGACCGGGGGUUUGUAUGGAUAAGGUGUAUACAUAUAAGAGCAUAAUGAUGGAAGGGAGGCUGUCUGUUAGUGCAAUGUAUUUGUUUAUCAUAGGAAGCGGGAGUUAAGGGAUUGGGAAGGCUUAAAUGUCUAAAAUAUGAGUUCGUUGGAAAUCAUCACUUUUUUAGGAGGUUUACAGCAAAACAAGUCAACACCCCUUUUUUCAUGUCGGGAAAAUCUGAAUUAGUCAAUAAGGCA